AUGGAUGUUUCGGCCAUCUUUCUGGAUAGACAAUCUUGGAAGGUGUACUGCACGUUAGUGUCAGCUGGAUUUCUGAGGAUACACUGUGGUGUCCAGGAACAUCGGGGAGCGCCAUGGGUUUCGCGAACGAACGCUUCUGGGUGGGCAAAAGUGGCCUUCUUCGUUCUCAUCCUCGGUGCCGUGCUGGACAUUGCGGGAUAUGCCACCACCAGCUGGGUGGUGUACGCCUCCUCUGAUGGUGCCACCAAAGUCAACCUGGGACUGUGGACUAUCACCGCAUGUCAGGCGUCAGUUUGUCAAACAGCCUCCGUCACCGACGCCUACGUCAACACGUUAUUCAACGUGAUGAGGAUCAUGGAGACUAUCGGCCUCAUCCUCGCUGUCUUCCUCGUCUUCUUUGUCGGCAUCUACGUGUUCCUCGACUCCAUGAAGACGUCAACAAUCGUGAGGACUGCCAUGGUCCUCUGUUUUUUGGCAGGUAUUGUAAUCUUCAUCGGGAUGUGCCUGUGCCUCGCCUAUGUUCCCUUCCCGUACGUGGUCUCCUUCUCCAUGGGUCUCACCGUCCUCGGCUACCUGCUCAUCCUCAUCGCAGGUGCCCUCCUCAUCCCCGACUCCUGUGAACCCAGGGAUUACGACUGAACGCACAGUCCCGUGACCAGUGGACGUCUCUCACAAUCUGUACUGUAUGCUUUACACAACCCGACAGCUGCACCAACGGUUUUGUUCUAUGGGUGGAUUUGGUCGGGAGUGUCGCACGAACCUAUAUUUUUUCAACUCCAUCGUUACGAAGUGGAUAUAAAGACUAUCAAGAAACAUCUGUAAUAUACGGUAUUGACCUGUGUGUGUCGCCAGUCUUUCAAUGGCAUUUACAACCGAUACACAUAAGGGGAUGUUUCGGGGUAUAUGCUUACUGCCUUAUCAUUCACCUGACGAAGGGGUGCGCACAUACUCCGAAACACACACGCGCACAUACCCGUAAGAAAUUGCCAUCGUCCUUAUGUUAUCUUUUAAACUUCGGAUAUAACGAACUGAUAGAAAGGCUCCGUCCGAUUUUGUUUCGAAUUCUUUGCUAAAACACAUGUAUAUUUACUGACCAUGGCAUGUACCAUGUGUAAUAAUACCUUAUGCUGGAAACUGAAGACGUCAGGGAUGAUUUAAGAUUCGUGUUAAAGUAUUCGUACACCCCUGUGUACGGUUGACGUGUUCCGUGUUAAGCGUCGUGGGUUUUCCUGUACAGCAUGCGUUAAUAUAACUGAAACAUUGUUUACAACGGCGUCAAACCCACUCACUCACCCACUCAUCACAUGUAUGUAACUUAGUGAGCACAUUUGACGGAGGGUAACACUGUACUAGUCCUCUUCAAAGUCAAUGUCAGGAAUUUCAAUGCCAGUAUUUUUUAAAUUUCUCUUUCUUUUCUUUUUUAAAUGUUUUGGUCACGUGCGUAAGUCUGGUAUUCGUAAACUGAUGUCGAAAACACAAUGUUUAGACAUGUUUUAGAAGGGUAUAAUGUGAAUCCAAGCGGACAAGUCUUGGUGGCCAUUGAUGUGUUGUAGCUAACAACGGUGCCGGUACCUGUCACUAACGACGAUCACCCGCCACGUCCCUUCUGUCACAAGUUCCAUAUGUGUGAACAUGCUGAGUGGACCGAAGUGAGACGUUGUCACAUGACACAAGCAAUGACGUCAUCUCAUGAUGUCGCGAUGACGUGAAGUUUUCCUGAAAGUGUAGAAACUGAAACAUUUGUGGUAUUCAAUGAACACCGUGAAACUGCAGUACACUAACCAGUCUCCUGGACGUACAAUGAUACUGGUGCACUAGCAUCCCAGGACCUCCCUUCACGUGUUGAAACUAGGCUUCUUGAACACAAUGGAGAACACAGCUGGACCAUCACCUCUGAAGAAAGGAUUUCUCCCAGUAACAGUUGUAUGGAAACAAAUACUAUUGUGAUGCUAUUAACUACGGUUUACCUU